AUGUCGUACCACAUGGAGGCGAAGCUCGAAUCCGACGCUCACGGCCCGAGACUUCCUUCAGACAUCCUUCACCUCAUUCUCGACGCCAUCGCGGAGUGGGGAGGCUCACAGGCGAAACGCACGCUCCUCACAUGUGCGCAGACGAGCUCCUUCCUUCUUCGACGGGCCCAAGCCCAUCUGUACAAGGACAUCUCCCUGUCCCGCCGUCGACAAUGCGCCCUCUUCUCACGGACGAUCGACUCGUCGCCCCAUAUCGCAGUCCUCGUCAACCGCGUCCGCUUUUCCGAGAUCUCUGCAUCAUGGGCGGACUAUCCCCUCCCGCCCCACGUCGUCGGACGUUUGACGAGCCUACGUAGAGCGGCGUUUCGCGCGAGCGUCCGUGGAUUGGACUCGGGCGACGAAACGGCGCAGAUCAAGUCCACGUCGAGCACAACAAUUGCAUUCGUCAAGCUGUUCGCGGUGGUCAGUCCCGCACUCAAACAUCUAGAGCUGGACAUAUUUAUAUUCAAGAGCUUCGCGGAGCUGGCCAGGCUGCUUCAUUUCCUGCCUCCAUUCAGUCUAUCGCUCCCGGUAUGGGGUGCGGGCGUGCGAGAGCUCGAUCUCCAGGCCUUCACAGCUCAGCCUUGUAGUGACUACUAUGAAGGUCUCGCGAACUUCACGAGCCUAGAGCACCUCCGACUCGCUUUCUACCAGGAAGACAUCCGCUGGAUCGCCAUUGCCCUGCGUCAUGUCCGUUCUGGGCGCGUCCUCAGUCUCUCGUUCCGACACCGUGCUCUCGAUCAGCAUCGGGCCAAGACACUAGAACAGCUCGAAGACCUCAGACUUGACGAGAUCCUGAGGCAGCCGAUCUUCAGGAACAUAGUCCAAGUAUCGUGGACCGUGGUUUGCAAGGAGAUAGAUGAUCCGGCGGCAUGGAAGAAGGAAAUUGCGGCGAGACUUCCAGGCUUGGUGCAGAGGAAGAUCUUGUGGUACUCUGUGCAUCAAGGUGAGCUGAGUGUCUCGCGGAAGUCGAUCACAACACAUCCAUGA